GGCUGUAGCCCCGAAGGGUUGCUGUCCCCUAACACACACAGCCCCCCGCAGCCGGCAGCACGGGCCGUGCCUAUCCGCUCCUGACUGCUGGCCAGCUGAGCACAGUGUCUGGAAGCGAAGUGGGACUGGGGGGGCUGGCAUCCACGCCACUCGUCCCGGUGGGCAUCCUCCCAGGACUGUGCCCAGGAAGUGGAGAGCAGAUGACAAGGGCCCAGAGACCGCGAGGAGAACAAAGGGCACUCUGACUUUUCUCCCGCACCUUCCUGGGCAGCAGGCCGGUGUCCAGCUCCUUUGAACCCUGUCCUGGCCUCAGCCGGACCUUCCCCCCGUGGCGCUGAGACACUUUCUCGUCCCAGAGUCAAGUCCUUAGGUACCCCUGCCACCUCUGCGGCCACAAAGACCAGCCUUCCUCUGCCAGUGCUCCGGGACCAGGCCACCCACCCCCGAAAGAGCAGAUUCUGAGGUCCUUAGGGAUUAAGCCCUCAAAGGCCAGGCCCGCUUACUCUGGCCCACCUGCAACCCUCCGCCCCAUGACGAGCCAACAAUCACUCCUGACGCGGCCUCUGGUCAUGAGGGUGGGCUUUGUGACACGGGGGGGACUGGGCCCUUGGGGGGGCUGGCUCAGAGACAUCGAUCGGGUGGUCGUAAGCCUCCCCAACACCAAUGAGCUCCCCCUCCCAUACCCCCAAUCCGUCCCCUACCCAGUCCCCCUCCCAGUCCCGGUCCAACCACGUGGUCCCGUCCAACCAGCAGGCCAACUCCAGCUCUGCUGCCGCAGCCCCCUCCCCGUCCCCCACCCGGGGCUCUUCCUCCCGGCCCCCCUCUCACCCUGUCACCCCCACUGCCUCACAGCCCUCCUCCCGGGCUUCGUCCCUAACCCCCAGCCCUCAUAUCCAACAUGUGCCCCGAGGGUCUUCCCAAAACCCCACGCCCCCCACCUCCAAAUCUCCUUCCCAGUCUGGCUUGAAAUCCCUCUCCCGAAACUCUUCGCAGACUCCUCCCGUGCCCAUCCCGCGGUCCCCUUCCCGCAGCCCCGCCACCUCAGCCUCCUACAUCGGGCCCAUUCGGGGCGUCCCCUCCUACAUCGCCCCCUACGUCCCCCGCUUCCUGAAGGAACCCCCCUUCUUCCAGCCCCCCACCGCACCCCUGCCCCAGAACCAGUGCUUCCCCUGCUCCUUCCCCUGCCCGGCCCGGGAGCCCCCUCCUCUGCCGGACUCUCUCUACUUCCCCCUGCUCCCGCCGCCUCCCCACCACCCCCGGGUCAACUGCUCCUUCCCGACCCCUCCGUCCCUGUUCACGCCGCCCUCCUCGCUCACCUACACGCCGCCCACCGAGGUUCUGGUGAGCGGGAAGCCGCACGUGGUGCCCACGGUGCUGCCGGCCACCUUCUACACGCCCUUCUCCCGCUACUACGCCCAGCCCCGCCCAUACCGCACGCACCGCCGCAGGCCCAGCGCCUUUCCCCUCGCCCCGCUCCCCAGCCUGCCCUACGACGGCCCGGGCCGCUCUGUCCACUUCUUUCGUGGGUCCUAG